AUGCAGGCCCAGGCUCAGCCACCAGUUUCUGGGAUACAUCCCCUAGCAAUGCCUGCAGCAGCAACAGCACCAGCUGCGCAUCCCUUAGCGAUUUCAGCAGCCACAGCAGCGAUCUCGCAAGCUGCGCCAGCAGCCUCACAACCUUCUGCCCGGUGGGGGACGCCAGGAGCACUGCCAGCAGUUUCACAGAGCACAUACCAGAAUGCAAGCGAAGGGCUUAAUGUGACUGGGCUGGAUUACGAAAAGGCCCACGAAGAUUUGUCACGAGCUGCCAUGGCAUCCUUGACUGGCCAGUCAGUCCAGCCGAAUUAUGCAAUGCCUGUGCCACAGCUACCGAUGCCAGCCAGACCGCCUGUGCCCCCUGCUGCCCCUGGCUGGUACAUGCCCCAGGCAGCGCCGGCCCCAGUGCGGCCAUGGCCAGCGCAGCCAGUGCCGCCCCAGCCGCCCCAGCCCAGUGCCGCUGCUGCCCAGUUGCUGUAUCAGCCGGCAGCAGAUGCAGCAGCCUACCAUCAGGCCUACGCAGCUGCCAACGCAGCAGCAGCUGCCGCUGCUGCCACUGCAACGCCUCCCUAUUCUGUUCACCAGCCUGCUCCCAACCAGUUGGGAUCACGGGAUACCCGGCUGCACAGGCAAAUUUGUAUUGAGUGCUGGCCGCACCUUGCAAGGGCAUGGGGGCUCUGUUCUGGACGGAGCCGGCUUGGAACAUGUUAG